AUGUUUCUCGUCAAACAAAAUGUAAACAAAGGUCAAAAAAUUCAUUUUCAAUAUUUAAAUAAUUAUCCAUGGAAUUAAAAGAAGACUAUACUAGGUGAUUACAUUUUCAUACAUUUAAAGUGUGUUUUGUUCAAGAAAGCAGACAAAAUAAAUACAUUGUAGUAUCAAAGGUCAUUGUGAUUAAUCAAAAUCGUUCAGUUGGUUUGAUAACAUCUAAAACUUAGUUUUUGAACAAAGUCCAAGCAAGAAACCGAUAUCAAUGGCAAAUCAGAGUAAACUAACUAAUAUUCCUACAACAUGCAUCGAAUAUGUCCAUCCAUGGACCGAUAGUUGUAUCAAUGCAACUGCUGGCCUACUUAUUGUAUCAGCACUUGACAGCUUUCGAAUUUAUACAAUUGUUUAUGUGGCAUCUCUUCUCAUGCGAGGACGAAUACCGAAACGAAAAGAUCUGAGUCGAACAGUUUUGGGAAUAAUGCAAUCAACAGCAUUUCUCACAACUUCAGCUUUUUCGUAUUCAGCGUAUUUAUGCUUUUUGAGAAGAGUUUUUGGUGGAUUCAACAUAUGGACAGGUAGUUACAUUCCAGCAUUUAUGUCAUCAUUCACUGCUAUUCUAGUUGAACGGCCAUCGAGGCGGAGUUUACUUACAAUGUAUGUUGCAAAUGUUGCCACAGAAGCUUUAUGGAGAAUGGCAAGUUCUCGUGGAAUGGUUAAAAGUAUUCCUUAUGGUCAAGUGUUGAUAUUUGGCCUCUCAACAUCAUCUCUGCUCUACUAUUUUCGUUCUGGUGUACACUUGGAAGGAAAAGAUUCAAUUUAUGACAUAAUCAGAUUUAUUGUUGGUCGCGAUGAAGAAGGCGGACAAAAAGAAGUGAAAACAAUUAAACCUGAACAAUCAACUCGACCAAGGAUUAAAAACAAUUAUUUGCUCAUUCAAAAGUUUCUCGAAAUGCACAAAAAAGUGACUGAUAAGCUGAAAGCUUUACCCAAACAUGAUAAAUGUCCACAUCAUCAUAGCUGUGCUUAUUACACAAUUCGAGGUGGAACAAAACUCUUUGGUAUUGGAUUAGGAAUUCAAGUUGCUCUUAAGUUGGUAUUAAACAUUCAGCGAAUUGUUAAAUCCCCAAAGAAGACGAUGAGUAUCUUCUUCGCUAAAGACACGCUCAAAAUUGGUGCUUUCUUGGGUGGAUUUUCAUUCAUUUAUAGAUUUAUCGCAUGUUUCUUGCGACAUGUAACGAAUGAUGAUAAGCCAAGUUAUUCAAUACCGGCGACAAUGCUUGCAAGUGUCGCUUUCAUGUCUUAUCCAGAUAAAACGGCAGCUCUUUAUAUCAUGUGGAAAGCAUUACAAAUCACUUAUAAUAUGCUUUCUGAUCAAGGAUAUCUUCCAAAAGUACCUGGAGGUGUCAUCUUUUUGUAUUGUGCUUUUACUGCAGUUUUAUUCCAUGCAGCAACGUUCGAACCUAGAAAUUUAAGGCCAAGUUACUGGAAGUUCCUUUUCAACUUAUCUGGCGGAAGAAUUUCUGUAAUGGAUCGUAGAAGCUUUGACGUAUGGGGACUUGACACUCACGCACAAAUCAUGAAAACUAUUGAAAUGACAAGAACAGGAACUGAUAUUAAAUAUACUUUCGGACGUUGGUGACAAAAGUAGAACUUUUAAGUUUCAAUUAAUAAUUUUUUAUGUUUCCAAAGAUUAUCACAUUUGCAAUUUGAAUUUAAAUAUCGUCACUUGUUUUUCAUUGUCAAACAAAUUUCACUUGAAACUUCCUUUUUAAAUAAAAUAUCAUUGCAAUUUAAUGUGAACAAAUUUGACUAUUAAAAUAAUUAUAAAAAAGGUUUUGGUGCGCCUGAUGUUAAUCAGAAAAUAUUAAUGUGAUAAUAAUCAGAUGAAAAUGUGUUUUUAUGACUAUAAAGGAUUUCUACAGAGUUUGUAAGCGUAAAUAUGAAUAAAAGAAUCAAUAAAAUAAAAAAAGAAUAAUUCUGAACUGC